AUGCCUCUCGUUCCAAGCACCUCGUCGCUGCCCAGCAGUAUGACCACCUUUGCUUACUUGCGUGAGCAAAAAAUCCUCAACAUCGUCUAUAUCGGCCUCCUCGUUGUCGAAGUUCUCAUGGUCCUGGGCGUUAUCACCACCGCCCUUAUCAAGCGAGUUAAAGGCCACCACCAACGCAAAUCGAUUCCAUCACCUCUUCCAUCCCCGACAUACGCCCCAUACCACUUUGCGCAUGCCGAUUCGGAAAAGACCAUGUUAUGA